AUGAAAGCAGCCGCCGCCAUUGCGCUCAUCCUCUGCAUGAUCCCCGCAGUUUGCAUCGUGGUCUGGAUCGGUCUUCACUUUGCGAAGCAACAUAUCGAAAGCAAAUCCGCCAUGAGCAAAGCCUACUACCGUCGAGCCCGCGAGGGAAUUCCAAAUACCGCUGACGUCGAACUCGGCCCGCUCAAUGCCAACCACUACACAGUACAAUUGGCACCAUAUCGAUAUGUGAAGAGAAAUCAGGAAACUACUUUCGUUCGACCGACCCGGGAUCAGCGAGCUCGACGUACCAAGAUGAACAUCCGGGGCACGAACUACCACGUUGUUGAGAAUAGACCGUCUAGCCGGAAGACCGUUUCAGCUAAACCAAAUCACCAAAGUGACCACGGGUCGAAUCGAGCUGAGCAGGCUGCAAAACAAAGCAAGAAGGAGAGGAAGAGGCAGAGGCAAUUGCAGAAGCAACAGCAGAGACAAAAGGCGAAGGAAAAAGAAAAGCACAAGGAGAAGGAGAAGGAGGAAAGCAACGGAUGGGAUCACCGCUCGGGGAAUGGCCAGCAAAGCAAUGGUGAUACAUGGAAUCAUCAGUCCAAUCGGGGAAGCAACGCAGAGGGAAGAUCCCAGCAACAAAGCCAACAUAGCCAGCAUAGCCAACACAGCCAGCAAGAUGCUUUCCAGGGACAAGUCGGCGAUUGGGCCAGUUAUGGACAAGAAGAGGAAAAUCCGCAGACUGGAAAUGACUGGAACGAGAAUGUCCAGGAGGAUCCUCCGGCCAGCCAUCAUGGGUCUGGAAAUGCGGGAUGGGACAAUCAUGAGAAUCAGAAUGAAGGUCACGCGCAGCAGUGGUGA